AUGUACCGCACAGGCACGACGGAUCUGGACUCACCAACGUCCGACGAGCUUACAGCCGUGACACCAUAUGCCAUAGAUCAUACAACUAGUAGACGAUCGAUUCUUUCAGACGUUAGUUCGCUACGAAGAAUCCGAACAAAUCAGUCAGAAUUAUCAAGGAUCUUAAGUGGUAUACGAGAUGAUAGACAACAGGAUUUUGAAGAAUCGCAGCGGUACAAAGCUGUUAUCCAGACAGAAGAAGUCUUGGCCAGCCAGCUUGAGUUGGUACUGAGAAACGCAACCAGACAAGACAUAACUUCCAACUUGGAGGCAGAAGGAGCAUUCACAGAAAAGGAAGAACAUAUUGACGAGAAUGGUGCUGUGAUACAGGACGACCCUCCACCAGAUGGCGGUUUUGGAUGGGUGAUUGCCCUAUGUGCAUGUUUGGCUACUUUGGCUACCUGGGGUUCUAAUGCUGGGUACGGUGUAUUCUUGAACUUCUAUUUGAAUUCUAACACUUUCCCAGGUGCUACAGAGUACGAUUUUGCAUUGAUUGGAGGCAUAGUUGUGUUUUUAGCCCAAUUUUUGGCUCCUAUCAGUGCUGUACUCUAUAAGAUAUUUGGAUUCAGAAUAGUUUGUAUCGCAGGCAUCAUCAUCCAGACAGCGGGCUACAUGCUUGCUUCUUUCGCCACCAAGACCUGGCAAUUGUACUUGACUCAGGGUGUUCUAAUUGGAGUAUCAUUUGUGCUCGUAUUUAUGCCAGCUACGUUAAUCAUCCCUACUUGGUUUGACAAGCGUAAGGCUACUGCUAUGGGUAUCACCAUUUCUGGUGCUGGUUUAGGCGGGCUUAUCUUCUCUCUUAGUGUCAACAGGGUCAUUGAACAAACAGGAGACCAAAGAUGGGCUUUGAGGAUGGUUGGGUUUGUUACUCUUGCUGCUGCUGCCAUCGCUUGUGUAGUUAUGAAACCAAGAAACUACAAGCCCAUCCCAUUGUCUCAAUCGUUGAAGAAGGAGUUUAUCGUGGAAAACAUCAGGCUUAUUGUAGACUUCAGUGUAUUCAAAAACUAUGCUGUGGUUUUAUCUUCGUUGUGGUUUGCGAUUGCUUUAUUGGGUUAUACCAUGAUGUUGUUCACUCUUGCUUCGUACGCGACUAGUAUAGGACUCUCUCAUACACAAGGUUCGAAUUUGACUUCCAUUUUGAAUGCGGCUCAGAUAGUAGGUCGUCCUCUAAUGGGUUACACUGCUGAUAGAAUUGGAAGAGCAAAUUUGACAGCAUCAGUUUGUCUUAUCAUCUCAAUUCUUCUUUUUGCUUUCUGGAUCAACGCAACUACAUAUGCCACCUUAAUUGCUUUCAGUGUUAUCAUCGGUUUGAUUGUUGGUAUCGGUAGUACAAUGGCACAACCAAUUGUAGCUGAUAUGAUGGACGAGAAUAUUGCAAAACUUCCGGCAGCUUGGACAGGAAUGAAUAUCUUUGUUUCCUUCUUCUGCUUGGUUGCAGAAGUUAUCGCUUUAUCAUUGGUUACUGGCGGUUCAAGACCAUAUUUGUAUACCCAGAUAUUCGCUGGGUGUUGCUUCUUUGCGUGCUUCAUUAUCCUGUUAAUAUUCAGAGAAUGGUUCAUCCGCAGAGCAUUAAAGAGAAGAUUGGUAGUCACAGAAAUGAAGAUAAGAAAAUUGGAGAAGCUGCAAAGUGGAUACUUGAAGGUAGGUAUUCUUGAAAACGAUCAGACGGAGGAUCCAGGACAGUUUGAGAUUUUGGAAGAGAGAGUUGAGAGAUACAACAAUCUUUUACGCAGAUCUCUUUUUGCAUUCUUGAUAAGGACAGUAUAUCCUAUCAGAGUUUAA